UAAAAUCCAAGAACAAAUAAGAAACCAUGAUCGCCCAAAAGAACCUCAUCACCCUCUUCUUAUUCCUUAUCAUCUUCACUUCUUCAGCCACCUUUCUUGACAACUCCAUAGAACCCAAAUCACUUAACCUACACAAAGAACAAACCUUAUCCCACUUCAGAUUCUAUUGGCAAGAGAAAUUUUCAGGACCAAAAGCAACAUCAAUCGAAAUAGUUUCACCAGUUCCAAAAUACAACACCACCGCAAAAUUUGGUUCAAUUAGAGCCAUAGACAUAGCUUUGACCAUAGGACCGAAUAUGAGCUCCAAGGUUGUUGGAAGAGCUCAGGGUGUCUAUGUCUCGGCAUCGGAAACCGAGAUCGAUCUUCUGAUGAUUGAGAAUAUUGUGUUCUACGAGGGAAGGUACCAUGGAAGCUCCAUAACCGCCAUGGGAAGGAAUCCGAUCUUCAGUAAGGUAGUUAGGGAGUUGGAUGUUGUUGGUGGCAGCGGGCAUUUUAGGUUUGCUAAAGGGUAUGCUGAAUUGAGGACUAUAUCUUCGGAUCCUAAGACUCUUGAUACUGCGGUUCAGUACGAUGUUUAUGUUUAUCAUUAUUGAUGCUAACCAAGGAUUAGAUUUUGGUUGCACUUAUGACAGUUGGUAUUGCUAUUG